GAUCUCCUCAUGGCUUGAGCCUGGCGUCUUCCGCUCCCCAAGCAAACCAGUGUGUCGGGGGAAGUUUCUCACUCCUCGCGUAGCGGCAGCGGCUGCCAGACGGAGCCUGCGGGCAUCGCUCCCUGCGCCCAUCCCUGUCCUGGAGCGCGGGAUGCGCCCACCGCGCUGAGGCGGCGCGUGCCCUCGGGGUCCCCCGCGGAGGGACGGCAAGAUUAGAAACCCUAAGAAAACCCCCAAAGAAAUGGAGCAGGCGGGGAGCGGCGCUGGCUGAGGGGGCUGAGCCGGACAGGGCACCGGAGCGCAGGAAUCUGAGAUGAGGGUGAACUAGAUUCUGAUGAUCAUCUUGCUGUCCCCUGUAUUGACAGGGUAAAAAACUUGAACAUGCCUCGUAGCCCAACAUCAAGUGAAGAUGAAAUGGCACAAAGCUUUUCCGACUAUUCUGUGGAAUCUGAAUCAGACAGUUCCAAAGAAGAAACUAUUUAUGACACAAUUAGAGCAACUGCAGAAAAGCCAAGCAGCAGAAUGGAGGACAGUCAGAGCAACACAUUGGUGAUUCGAAUUAUAAUACCUGACCUGCAGCAAACGAAAUGCAUUAGAUUUAACCCAGAAGCUUCAGUGUGGGUUGCAAAGCAACGGAUUUUGUGCACUUUGAAUCAGAGUUUGAAAGAUGUCCUGAAUUACGGACUGUUCCAGCCUGCAAGUAACGGUAGAGAUGGGAAGUUUUUGGAUGAGGAGCGACUCCUGAGGGAAUACCCACAGCCUGUGAACAAGGGAGUGCCUUCACUUGAGUUUCGAUACAAGAAAAGAGUGUACAAACAAUUCAACCUGGAUGAAAAGCAGCUGGCCAAGCUCCAUACCAAGGCUAAUUUGAGAAAAUUCAUGGAUCAUGUCCACCAUCUCUCUGUGGAAAAAAUGACCAAGAUGUUGGACCGAGGACUGGACCCCAACUAUCAUGACCUGGAAAGUGGAGAAACACCCCUAACUUUGGCAGCUCAGCUUGACAACACAGUAGAAGUGAUAAAAGCUCUGAAAAAUGGAGGAGCACAUUUAGACUUCCGAGCCAAAGAUGGAAUGACAGCUCUGCACAAAGCAGCGAGGGCCAAGAACCAAGUAGCCCUCAAGACUCUCUUGGAGCUGGGAGCAUCUCCCAACUACAAGGACAGCUGUGGGCUGACCCCGCUGUACCACACGGCUGUGGUGGGAGGGGAUCCCUACUGCUGUGAGCUCCUGCUCCAUGAACACGCCACAGUCAGCUGCAAAGACGAGAAUGGAUGGCAAGAAAUCCAUCAGGCCUGCAGGUACGGACACGUGCAGCACCUGGAGCACCUCCUGUUCUAUGGCGCGGACAUGUGCGCCCAGAACGCCUCUGGAAACACGGCCCUGCACAUCUGCGCCCUCUACAACCAGGAGAGCUGUGCAAGAGUCCUGCUUCGGGGAGCCAACAAGGAGAUCAAGAAUUACAACAGCCAGUCUCCAUUUCAGGUGGCUAUAAUAGCUGGAAAUUUUGAGCUUGCUGAAUAUAUCAAGAAUCACAGGGAAGCUGAUAUUGGAUCCUGCUUCCCAUAUCCAAGUAGAAGUCCCUGGAAUCCGUUGCUGUCAGUGCCCUUUAGGGAGGCUCCCACCUAUUCCAACAGAAGGCGGAGACCUCCGAGCACCUUGGCAGCCCCUCGGAUAUUGCUCCGCUCCAACAGCGACAACAACCUGAACAUCAACAACCUCCCCGAGUGGUCAGCGUCCUCCUCUGCCUCUUCACACCGCAGCCUUUCACCUCAUCUGCUUCAACAGAUGCAGAAUAAUCCCAAUGGAACUGUAAAAACCGUGGGGAGUUACACUCCGUCCUCCCGGAGCCGCUCGCCAUCCCUGAACAGGCUGGGAGACGAUGCCAAGCGGCAGCAGCACAGGCACAUCAGUGCCAUUUACAGUCCUAGUGCCAACAAGGAUACACUGUCUGCCUUGGAUUAUCAGGGUCCCAAACGGAAGCUUUACAGUGCUGUACCUGGAAGACUUUUUAUUGUAGUAAAGCCAUAUCAACCUCAAGGGGAAGGGGAAAUUCACCUGCACAAAGGAGACAGAGUCAAAGUUCUGAGCAUUGGAGAAGGUGGAUUCUGGGAAGGCAGCACCCGGGGACACAUUGGCUGGUUUCCUGCAGAAUGUGUUGAAGAAGUUCAGUGCAAAGCCAGUGAGAGCAAAGCAGAAACACGAACAGAUAGAACAAAGAAGCUGUUUAGACACUACACAGUUGGAUCCUAUGACAGCUUUGAUGCUUCAAGUGACUGCAUAAUAGAAGAAAAGGCAGUGGUCCUGCAGAAAAAAGACAAUGAAGGAUUUGGAUUUGUGCUCAGAGGGGCAAAAGCUGACACACCAAUUGAAGAAUUCACCCCAACUCCAGCCUUUCCUGCUUUGCAGUACUUGGAAUCUGUGGAUGAAGGGGGAGUAGCAUGGCAAGCUGGCCUGAGAACUGGAGACUUUUUGAUCGAGGUUAAUAAUGAGAACGUAGUGAAAGUUGGCCACAGGCAGGUGGUGAACAUGAUUCGACAAGGGGGCAAUCACCUCGUUCUUAAGGUUGUCACAGUAACCAGGAAUCUUGAUCCAGAUGACACAGCUAGAAAGAAAGCCCCACCACCUCCUAAGCGAGCUCCAACCACUGCACUGACCCUGCGGUCUAAGUCAAUGACCUCAGAGCUUGAAGAGCUUGCUUCAGUACGGAAGAAGAAGGAUAUUCUCCCUUCACAUUUUGAAGGUUUGAAGAAGAGGAUUGUUUUUCGAGUCACACUAAAUAAGGUGGAUGAAAUAGUACCAGUUUCCAAGCCAUCAAGAAUUGCAGACAAUGCAACUGUGGACUCGAGAGUGGCAACUAUAAAACAGAGGCCUUCUAGUAGAUGUUUUCCCUCAGCUACAGAUAUGAAUUCCAUGUAUGAGAGACAGGGUAUUGCUGUGAUGACGCCCACUGUACCAGGGAGUCCUCAAGGUCCUUUUCUGGGUAUACCUCGGGGUACAAUGAGGAGACAAAAAUCUAUAGGAAUAACAGAGGAAGAACGGCAGUUUCUGGCUCCUCCUAUGCUGAAGUUUACCAGAAGUCUAUCAAUGCCUGACACCUCUGAAGAUAUCCCACCACCACCACAGUCCUUACCUCCUUCACCACCACCACCUUCUCCCUCUCUGUACAAUUCCCCCAAAUCCCUCACAACAAGGAGCUAUGGAACUAUUAAACCUCCAUUUAACCAGAAUUCAGGUGCAAAAAUUUCCUUGGUUAGGCCUGAGAGUGUGGGAACAAUGAUAAGGGACAAAGGGAUCUAUUACAGACGAGAGCUGGACCGAUACUCUCUGGACUCAGAAGACCUGUAUAGUCGAAGUGCCGCAUCUCAGGCAAAUUUCAGGAACAAGAGGGGUCAGAUGCCAGAAAAUCCGUAUUCUGAGGUUGGGAAGAUUGCAAGCAAAGCAGUUUAUGUGCCAGCCAAACCAGCGAGGCGGAAGGGGAUGCUGGUGAAACAAUCCAACGUUGAGGACAGUCCGGAAAAGACCUGCUCUAUUCCAAUCCCAACAAUCAUUGUGAAAGAGCCAUCCACCAGCAGCAGUGGGAAAAGCAGCCAAGGGAGCAGCAUGGAAAUCGAUCCUCAGUCUUCAGAGCAACCGGGGCAGCUCCGGCCUGACGACAGCUUGGGUGUCAGCAGUCCGUUUGCAGCAGCCAUUGCAGGGGCAGUGAGGGACAGGGAAAAGAGGCUGGAAGCGAGAAGGAAUUCUCCAGCCUUCCUUUCCACAGACCUGGGAGAUGAGGAUGUUGGGCUAACCCCACCAACACCACGUAUGAGGCAAUCUAAGUUCACCGAUGAAGUAAUGUUCAGUAGUGAGGAUGGUUUCAGACAGCUCAUGUCGCCAUCACCAAUUCCUGCACCCAGAGAGCCUGAAAGUCUCUUCAAUAGCAGUGAGCCCAGCAAUCAGAGUGACUCAAGGACAUUAAAUGCCUCGUCCAAAAUGAAAGGUACUGACAACAGUGCAGUGGCAGCCAAGUCCACAAACGCAUCCAGCCCGGAGAGUUACGUCCACCCAGUCACAGGGAAGCUGUUGGAUCCAAACUCACCACUAGCCCUUGCGCUCUCUGCCAGGGACAGAGCCAUGAAAGAACAAACACAGCAGAUUCCAGGCAAAGGAGACACUGUCAAAACAGACCUUAAUAAACCGCUUUACAUCGAUACAAAGCUGAGACCCAACAUGGAAACGACUUUUCCUGUUACUGCCACUGUCACGAGGCAAAACACCCGUGGCUUGUUGAGACGACAGGAGACUGAGAACAAGUAUGAAACGGAUGCAGGAAAAGAAAAGAAAGCUGAGGAGAAGAAGAACAUGUUGAUAAACAUUGUGGAUACCUCGCAGCAGAAGUCAGCUGGUUUGUUGAUGGUUCAUACCGUGGACACAGCAAAGUCGGACGAUAUGCCUGAAGAUGAGGAGGAAAAGGAAGCUGAGAGGGAGCCAUGUCCUGAAAACUCCCCACCGGAGAGGGUAGAAGGGAGCGAGGAAGUGGAAGAAAGUGAGCUGAAUGCACCUGCUGCACCCGAGCCAUCAGUAUCUCCCUGCAAAACCAUCGUGGCAGCAAGCUCUGUCGACGACCCUGUCAUCCUGCCCUUCCGUAUCCCCCCCCCACCCUUGGCAUCUGUGGAUAUUGAUGAAGAGUUUAUGUUCACUGAGCCACUGCCCCCUCCCUUGGAGUUUGCCAACAGCUUCGAUAUCCCCGAUGACCGCGCGGUUUCUGGGUCGGCUCUGACAGACCUGGUCGCACAGAGGAAGAAUGGCACACCCUCACCCGCACCAUUUGUCCCCAGCCAGCCAACAAAUUCCCUAGAAAGCAAAAAGCAAGUGGGUCUUUCAAACUGUUUGCCUGCCUCCUUUCUGCCACCCCCUGACAGCUUUGAUAACGUCACUGACUCUGGGAUUGAGGAGGUAGACAGCCGAAGUAGUAGUGACCAUCACUUAGAGACAACCAGCACUAUCUCAACGGUGUCCAGCAUCUCUACCUUAUCUUCGGAAGGGGGGGAGAACGUGGAUACUUGUACAGUCUAUGCAGAUGGGCAAACAUUUCUGGUGGACAAACCCCCAGUACCUCCUAAGCCAAAAAUGAAGCCCAUAAUCAACAAAAGCAAUGCACUUUACAAGGACGCGCUGAUCGAGGAGACUGUGGACAGCUUUGUGAUCCCUCCUCCCGCUCCACCCCCACCUCCCAUCACUGCCCAGCCCAACAUGGCUAAAGUUGUCCCCCAAAGGACAUCCAAGCUAUGGGGGGAUGUGCCAGAGGUGAAAAGCCCGAUUCUCUCAGGCCCCAAGGCUAAUGUUAUUAGUGAAUUGAACUCAAUACUCCAGCAAAUGAACAGAGAGAAAUCCUCAAAGCCAGGGGAGGGAUUGGAGUCACCGACCGGAACAAAGACUGCAAGUCUCAGUACAAGGAGCACGGAAGUCAUGAGUACUGUCUCAGGUACACGAAGUACAACAAUCACUUUCACUGUCCGACCAGGAGCCAGCCAGCCGAUCACACUGCAGAGCAGGUCCCCAGACUAUGACAGUAGGACCUCAGGAGCAAGACAUGCUCCAAGCCCUGUGGUUUCACCAACAGAGAUUAAUAAAGACAUCAUACCUGCCUCUCUGACUGCUUCUGCUUCAGCUUCAUCUCCUUCUCCAACUCUGUCUGAUGUAUUUAGCCUACCCAGCCAGCCCCCUUCUGGGGACUUAUUUGGCUUGACCACAGGGCGCAGCAGGUCUCCUUCUCCCUCAAUAUUACAACAGCCAAUCUCAAAUAAGCCUUUUACAACUAAGCCUGUCCACCUGUGGACUAAACCAGAUGUGGCAGAUUGGUUGGAAAGUCUAAACUUAGGUGAACAUAAAGAAACAUUUAUGGACAAUGAAAUAGAUGGCACACAUUUACCAAAUCUACAGAAGGAAGAUCUGAUAGACCUUGGAGUGACUAGAGUUGGGCACAGAAUGAACAUAGAAAGAGCUUUGAAGCAGCUGCUGGACAGAUAAGAAUAGCUAUUUCGCCUCACAAACUUCUGUUGAUAACUAGAGAUGGGCUGGUACUGACAUACCCCAAAUGCCUUGUGUGUCUGCGAGUGCCAGCAAAACUGGGGGGUGGGGAGGGGGAAAACAGUUGAAUUCCUGGUACUCAGGUGAUGCAGACUGUAUGCUACAUGCCCAAACACAAAUCUAAAGAUGUUAAAGAAGUGGGGCCAUUUUAUUUCUAAGUUGUGGGGAGAUAUGAGAGAGAGAUGAUUGUUAACUUCAAAAAUACUAUCUCUUGAUGCGUUUUGCUGGGACUGUGGCAAACUGCUUUUCUUUCCAUUUUGAAUUGCAAACAUUUCAGGGCUUUUUUUAUUGAAAAAAAAAAAAAGAAAAAAACCCACAAAAAAUAAUUGAAUUUUAUUUUUUUCUCUUCUUGACCUUCAGUCUCCGAGUAGGCUUCCUUCCCCAGUCCUUGGCUCAUUUUAAGAGGACAGGUUGCUUCAUUACCAUUCAAACCCAGUUAUUUUAAGAGCAGAGGCACGAUUCUGAGACGGGUGCAGGAGUCAGGAGUUCAUGUUACUUUUUUUUAUGGUUUAGCUUUCUUAUUUGUUGGCAGUGAAGCUGGUUGUUCUGCUGGAAGUAGUUCAAAGGUAACCUUGCUCUGUUUUACCUGGUAUUUCUUUAUUUCUGCAGUUAUAUUUCGGACUCUUCCAAGGUGGCAGAACAAGUUCAAUAUAUGCUCCAUUGACCUGACCUGUAAGACAAUGCAGAUAUUGCAUUAAACCCAGGGAGGGAUGCACACUUAGAGGUACAACAAAAUGAAGCUAGUUUGAACCUGAGACCACCAGUUUUCAACCAGCUAAACCACUGCUAAGUCACAAAGUGAACUCCACAAGGCAGGAAAAAUGUGGUGUCACGUGCAGACACUCAAAUAUGCUGGGCACUGAGAGGUGCUGUUUAAUUCAGUGAGUGGUAAGUGCUUAGUUAUUUUCAACAGCAGACCAAAAAACAAGGAAAAAGACAGAUGAAUGUUCCCAUUGAAGUCAGUGGGAAGAGUGCCAGUAUUUUAAGUGAGAGAGGGAAUUCAGCCUGUGAGAAAUCAAAAUAUUUCAACUUGUUAAAAAAAAAAAAAAAAAAAAAAGGCGAAAGAGUGACGCCAAGAUGGAAAGAGGUGUAGAAUGUCUCAGGAUGCAUGUGUUCCAAGAGCCCAGGAGGUUUGGGGAGGGCCCCAAUGUCUCAUUUUAUCACUGUUAACAGCUAUUGGAUUCUUGACAGGCACAGGCUGGGUGUUGUGGGGAGCUGGACACUGCCCAUCCUUUCUUUGGCAGGAGAGGUGUGUUCACCCUGCCAGAAACCAGGGCUGGGUGCUGGGGGCAGAGAGAGCUUUCCAGGAGACUUCAGUUCAGCAGAGGAAAAACACCCACAUUUGGUUCACAGAACUUUUUUAAAAAAUUUCUCUUUUAUUUUUCUGACAUAAAUUUUAAAGUUAACAAGUCUCUCUCUGCAUGUUUGGACUCCCCUUCUAAUUAACACCUCUGAAUAUCUGUGAGUUUUGUAGGUCUUUAUGGACAGAAUAUUCAAGAUGUUCAAGGUGGGUAAAUUGAUUGUGGAUGGCUAAACUGCCUACCUACCAUACUUUCAGGUUCUCUUACAUUUUACAAGGUACCUGACUUUCUUUCCUUGAUAUGGUCCAGCCUAUCUCUAAUUUUUUUAUUGUGAUUAUUUUUUGCUCACAAACAAAUGUGUAAUUAGGUCUGCAACAGCCCUAGUAUGAGUACAUAAAGUUUAGCAUUUUAAAUAUCUUUCUUUACUGCAAGUUUAAAUAGUUGUACAGAUAGUUUAUAAGCACAAUAUUUUAAGAAAAUAAGUGGCUGGUCUACUGGGCAGCCUUUGUGCCACUUCAGUGCUAGGAAGUUAAAAAUAACAACAACAAAAACAAAACAAAAACAAAACAAAAAAAACACAAAGAAAAAAAAACAAAAAAAAACUUUUUGUGGUUUACUACUAUUUCUGUGGAAUAAUUACAAAGUCUUGACCUUUUUAAAAUCAACCUCAUUUGGAUGCAUCUGAACCAGCAGAGCUGUGUUAUAUUUUCUAUCUUUGCUAGAACUUCUACAGAGGAGGAUGAAUAUUUCUUCAAAAGUGGUUACAGUUACCAACGCAUUGGAUACUCACAAAAAGCAACUUAUUUACCCUCCUGUCCCCUUUAUGGAACAAAUAUUUUGACUUAACAUCUCUUACUAUGCUAUAUUUGUAUUUCAAAGUUCCAAGGAACCUUGUAAUAAAAAAAAAGAAGUACUAAGGCAUUUUCCUUCCAAGAGUACUGACUUUUUCCAUAGGUGGUGUAGAAAAUGGCAGUUCCACGUAGAUAGUUGAUGCAGGCAACUUGAGGCCAUCGCAUACUUUAAGAAGUGAAAAAAAUGGUAAUUUAGCCAUCUUUGUCUUCCAUUUGGUGAUAUGACAGAAUUCAGUAAAUAAACCAUUAAUGCCAUGCUCUUGUAUUUUUUUUUUGUUUUGUUUGUUUGGUUGGUUUGGUUUUGUUUUGUUUCUUUGGGUACCGUUGCUAUUACCUCUAUAACAUGUGCCAGAAAUACAUUAGAGAAUAAUGGUAGUAAUAGAAAAUUUAGAAGUUGACUUUUAAGCUGCUUUUGAAUCACAACCUUCUUGGUGAAUUUCUGUUGAACAAGUGCUGACACACCCUUUAAAUUCCAGCUGACAUCAUCCCUUUCUUACACAGGUGUGUUUCUUGCUCUCAUGCAUCUUUUCAGGUACUGAAAGAGUAGGUGCAAUGCAAGGAGUAGAAAAGAGGUUGAACAGGUUAAAGAGCCAACAAAAGAGUUGAUUUUUUACGCGGUGUCUCACAAAGUGAAGGUGAGGAGACCUGAGAGGACCUACUUUCACCACUAAAAUACACCUCUGCCAAGAUGAAUUGGUCUCUAACUGGGAGAUGGUUUGGCUACAGAAAGCAAUAGUAACAGAUAACGACAUCCCCUCCGAGUGUUCUCACCAGUCUGGAAAUGUUGGGGGGGAGGAGAGAAGACCCAUUUCUUUCAUGCUACUUUGAUAGUGAAAAACAAGUCGUUAGAGGUCUAUGAUAUUCUGGGUUUUAGGAUCAACUUUUGUUUAUAUACUGUAAUUUAAAUAAAUUGCAUUUACAUGCCUAGUUUCUGUAAUAUUUGUGUAUACAAUACCAAAAUCUUACAAGAUGUAAAUUGUGUAUAACUGCACAGACUCCUUGCCCUAGGUGUCUGAGAACAUUUUAAGUUUAAUUCAUAUAUUAUAAAAUGACUAGAUGUGACUGUUGAUUUACAGAAUUUACAUAUCACAAAAAGUUAAUUAUUUGUGGUAUUUAAGUUAAUAAAAAAAUAGUGAUUUCUUUUUCUUUUCUCUCAGUUCUUAAAAAGCAUUACCCAGUCGAUCUGGCGAUGAUUAUGUGUAUGAGCCACAAAUACUGAUAGUUUUUCCAUUACAUUUUUUCUUUUCUUUUCUAGAUAUUAAUAUGUUUCUCGCUAUAGUUUGUGUAACAACUUGUGUUCACGUUAUCUAUGUUGCUGUAAUUUUUGUGCUUUAAUUCCUCUUAUUUCAACUGAUUAAAAAAAUCAAGCUCCUGUAACUUGCACUUUUCCCCAAUCCUUAAUACUCUUGUAUGGCAACCAAAAUUACUGUAAGAAAUAAAUAUAAUAUUGCACUAA